GUGUGUGUGUGUUGUUGUUGUGUGCGGCAGCAGCGGCAGCAGACGGAGCAGAGUCGCAGAGCUCUGGCAGCAGUCAGAUCCAUAGUCUAUCGCUUCGUAGUCAUGAUGGGUCAUUCGACCAAAUGCUUGGAUCUUGCCACAUAUUGGGAUAAUUCGAAACAUCGGUGUGUUUCUUGUUCGAUAAAGCCUGGAUAUGAAGUCACUCCAAACUGUGGAAUUGACGACCAUGGAGGUCGGCACGAGCGCCCCUUCAGAGAGUGCGCCAGCGGCACUUUCAACGACGGCUCGCGCGCAGAUUGUCGGGCCUGCUCCCUUUGUGGCCCCGGCAGCUCUCCCAUGAGAAACUGCAGCACAACCGCAGACACAGAAUGUCCCCCCCGACCUAGCGUCGCAGUUGCACACACAACGACACACCCAAAUCUCACAGCAGAGUUGAAAGUUCCCACCAUCCCUGCUGGAGUGUGGAUGAUCUCGUUAGCCGUAGUAGCCGUCCUGUCUGUGAUACUCUUGGCCUUCGGUGCAGUCAUUUCAAAAAGGCGUAAAAGAGGUGACCGUGGCAGGAUGUGCUGCAAAGGGGGAUCAAUGUAUCAAAAUCAGGACUUUUCUGGUUCCUCCUCAGCUGGUCAAAGUGAUCUGGAGGAAAUUCUCAACGACGUCCUUUCAGCCCCAGUACAGACAGUGCUGGACGACCUGGAUGUUCUGGAGGAAUUGGUGAUUCUGUUGGACCCAGAAACCCAAGGAAAAAAGAACACAAAGCAUCUGGCCUCCCACUGCUCCUUUCCCUCCACCUGGAUCACCUACACCUACUCCAUGAGGGACAGCAAAAGUCCCCUAAAAGCCGUGCUGGAGGGGAUUUCCAGCAAACACCCGGACUGGACGGUGGGUCACCUGGCCAAGCUCCUCAAACAAAUGGACCGCAACGACGCCGUUGCUGUUCUCGCCAAGCUCAAGCAGUAUGACCAGAAUUUUUUUUAACCUUUUUUGUUGUUUUUUAAACAUUACGAUUAAUUUAGGCAGCAGUACAUUAAGACUUUUAGCUUUUCAAAAUGUUUUAAAACGGAACUUUCCUGCCGGUUUCACUAAAUAUUGAACAUUUUUGACAGCACUGAAAGGGGAUCCCACCAAUUCUGUAUUUACAUCCACUUAUCUGUUCUCAUUUACUUUUUCUACCUGCCUAUAUCAUAAUCUUUUUCCAUUUUCACUUCUUUUAUGAAUAUGAGUUUUAGAACGUACCUCUGGUGUUAUAUUUAACAAAAAGGGUACAUUUUUAUUGACUUUUUUACAAAUGUAAUGACUUUUUAAGCUGCUAUUUUUUAAUAUCCGUCUUAUUGUUGCUGUUAAAAGCAGAUCUUAAUCUUCAUUCAGGCUGACAUGGAGACAAAAAAAAAAAACUCUUUCCUGUUAUACAUCCUGUUACUUUUCAUAGUGCAAACAUGUUGAGCUUUAUAAAAACAUCUGAAUGUACUUUUACUGCCCUCAGCAGCAAUCAUUUUUUAUUUGGUAUCUUAAAAAAAUAUCAAAAUGUAAUAAAAAAUUCAUUCACU